AUGCACUCAACAUCUGAAUCAUGGGCACGUCGGGUUCCUAUGCCCCACCAGAAUAUAGGUCUACGGGGGGAUCAGUAUAUUCAAGCGGUGUUGAACAGAAACCCCAACGAGUUGCAAAGAGAUGUUUCGAAUGGAAGUGCCUGCAUUCCGGCGGUAAUGGGGUCGCUACGUCGGACUGUGAUUAGGCCGACACACAAUCAUGGGGUCCAUCCUUACAUUGCGAGUAACCGUCACAAUUAUCCAUGGUUUGAGAAAAGUCUUGGUGCAUUGGACGGCACAAAAAUUUUAGCUGUUACACUAGCUCGUCUUUCAAACACAUAUAGAAAUCAUUAUAAUCGGAUUGCACAGAAUGUUUUAUGCUUAUGUGACUUCGAUAUGAAGUUCCCGUUUGUGUAUACUGGAUGGGAGGGCACAACCCAUGAUGCACGAGUUUUUCUAGAUGCCCUGAGUCGAGCGCAGAAUGGAUUUCCAUGGCCAGAACCAGGAUAUUAUUAUCUUGUCGAUUCCGCAUUUCCUUGUAUUCAGAAGUUUAUGCCGCCAUAUCCACGAGAGAGGUAUUAUCGAUCUGAUCAUUAUGGUGCCCGUCAAUUCCGAAGUUAUAAAGAUUAUUUUAACUUUCGUCAUUCAUCGCUGCCCAAUGUUAUUGAGCGCACAUUCGCUUUGUUGAAAAACCGGUUUCAGAUAUUGGAAGCGAUGCCUCGAUAUUCCCCAAACAAGCAGGGGAUGAUCUUGACCACAUGUUGUACACUGCACAACCUGAUUAAAACGAUCACGCUGAAUGAUGAGUUCAUUCAGCAUGCAUUGGGCCUUCAGUUCAAUGGACAAAAUAUGCCUGGGGGAGAAGACGUGGGCUCAACUGAAGAAGUGGUAGACAUGUCCCAUGAGUCAGCUGGAACUAUGGUAGCACAGAGAGAUGGGAUUACGAUUCCUAUGUGGGAGAACCUGAAUGGGGAUGAAUGUGUAUUGCAUAUUUUCUAA